AUGGGCAGUGACGACGACGACAAGCUAACCGACCUUCCAGAUCUCAUGAAAUCUCAAUCAGCCAUUCGGACUCAUCGGUUAUCUUACCUUCCGCCAUCCACACUGAGUGAAAGAAGCCAAAGACGACAUACCACUGGGAGGAUAUCAUUCGGCGAGCUGACCUCGGUGCCCAAGUUCCCUGCCCAUCGACCCAAAUCCUUGGAAUGUGUUCCGGAGAUAAUGGAUACUAGGGAAAAGAGACCAAGCUUUUACCUCGCCAGAACUCCCGAAACCACCGACGAGUUUGUGGUAUUAGAUCCACCUGCCUCAGUCACCGAUGAAGCAACCUUGUUCCCUCUCCAAGAUGAUCCCGCGGAGCUAUCUAUAACCAUCAGGUCUAGUCUAACAGGCAUCAUCAUGGGUAUCAUUGGUUCUGCCGUGGGGCUGCUUUUCAUCUUCAAACCUGUCAUGGUUUAUCUUGCGCCCGUUUUCCUUCAGCACUCAUACCUGGACCCAAAUGGUGGAAUCCGGGGGCUUUUAGUCUUGUAG